AAAAUAAAAAGACACAAAGAAAUAAUAAAUUUAUAAGCGUUCUUUUUUUUCUUUUUGUUUUUAUUUAUUUAUUUUUUAAAUGCACAAAUUUGGGCGACCGACCGAGGAAAACAUUGGCCGUCCUCGCUGCCAAAACCCUAUGCGCGGCUUUGCUUUACCAAAACCCUUUCACUUUGGUUUGAUUGCAGUUAGAGAGAGAGAGAGAGAUGGAAAGUGCAAGCAAAGAGCUUCUGCAACUAGAGCACAAAAACCCUUCUUCAUCUUCAUCCUUGGAACGCGCUUUACUUGUUUGUGAGAAUGACUCACUGGUUUCUCAGAAGAAGAAUUCCCAUCCUCAUGAAAAGCCAAUCACUGGUCUUGUUCCUAAAAGCCAAGUUUUGGGAAAAGUAAGAGACUUCUUAGGUGUUAUAUCAGAAGCUAAUGAAAGGUUGCAUCUUCAUGCAAAGUCUAUAUACUUUAUGCAGGACAAUUCUGAAAACUAUGACAUUGAAGCACUCACUGGAAAUGAAUCGCAAAUCAUUGAAAUGGAUCUGAUGCUGGGCGUUGCCGAUCUUCACACCCCUGAGGCUGUGGCUGCUGCUGAAUCUGCAAUUACUGGUUGCCAACCAGUGAUUCCACUGGCUGUUAGUGGAACAGAAUCAGAGGAUAGCAGCGAUGAUGAUGAUGAUGACAGUGAUGAUAAUGAACACAAUGUCAGUGAGAAGCAGGACAAGAAAACAUGCCCUCCCACGAAACUCAAAAGACCCAAGUCUGGCAAAGAUAAUUUUGUGUCUGAAGAUGUUGGAGACAGUAAGUCAAAAGAGCGGCCAAAGAUUAUUGAACUUUCAUAGGGCAUCAAUUCCUAAUGGAAGUGGCCUUAAGCGAGAAAGGAAAAAAUGGGGCCUGUUAAUUAUGUUUAAUUAUGUAAAUUGUAUAAUUGACUAUAUAUUUUAUUUAAAAUUAUUUUUCUUGGUUU